AUGGCGCGCAAGGGUUUAAUGGAGCAGGAUCUCAAGACGCUGGAUGUGACGAAGCUCAAUCCGCUGUCUCCUGAAGUCAUCAGUCGACAAGCCACCAUAAACAUCGGUACAAUCGGCCAUGUGGCUCACGGAAAAUCGACUGUCGUGAAGGCCAUUUCUGGCGUCCAGACGGUGCGGUUCAAGAACGAGUUGGAGCGCAACAUUACGAUCAAGCUGGGAUACGCCAACGCCAAGAUCUACAAAUGCGAGGACGACGCCUGCCCUCGCCCCAUGUGCUACAAGGCGUAUGGCAGCAGCAAGGAGGACAGCCCGCUGUGCGACGUGCCGGGAUUCGAAAAGGCCCGCAUGAAGCUGAUGCGCCACGUGUCGUUCGUUGAUUGCCCGGGCCACGACAUUCUGAUGGCGACGAUGCUGAACGGCGCGGCGAUCAUGGACGGCGCGCUGCUGCUGAUCGCGGGCAACGAGAGCUGCCCGCAGCCGCAGACGUCGGAGCACCUGGCGGCGGUGGAGAUCAUGCGGCUGAAGCACAUCAUCAUCCUGCAGAACAAGAUCGACCUCAUUCAGGAGAGCGUCGCGCUCAACCAGCACGACGCCAUCCAAAAAUUCAUCCAGCCCGACCCCAUUCAAAAGUUCAUUCAGGUGAGCACGAAAAAAUGUCUGUGCAUGCGGCUCAAGUACAACGUGGUGUGUGUACGAGAUGAUCAUCAAGCGGAUUCCCAUUUCCUCUGCCCCUAUCCCCUCACGUUCACUCCCUGCCCUCCCAUACCAUCACACCGCACGCCACCGUACCCCACCGCAUGGUACCGCACCCCCCUGUUCCCCACCGCACUUCACCUCUCCGCACCGCAGGGCACCAUUGCGGACGGCGCGCCGGUGAUCCCCAUCAGCGCGCAGCUCAAGUACAACGUGGACGUGGGCACCAUUGCAGACGGCGCGCCGGUGAUCCCCAUCAGCGCGCAGCUCAAGUACAACGUGGACGUGGUGUGCGAGAUGAUCAUCAAGCGCAUCCCCAUCCCUGACCGCGACUUUGUGUCGCCGCCCAACAUGAUUGUCAUCCGCUCCUUCGAUGUCAACAAGCCCGGCGCUGAGGUCGACGAUAUCAAGGGUGGCGUUGCUGGCGGCAGUAUCCUGCACGGUGUGCUGCGCGUGGGGCAGAAAAUCGAGGUGCGGCCGGGCAUCGUAGCCAAGGACGCGGACGGCAACAUCCGCUGCACGCCCAUCUUCUCGCGCAUCAUCUCUCUCUUCGCCGAGCAGAACGAGCUGCAGUUCGCCGUGCCGGGCGGGCUCAUCGGCGUGGGCACCACCAUUGACCCCACGCUUACCCGUGCUGAUCGCCUCGUGGGGCAGGUGCUGGGGGAGGUGGGGGCCCUCCCAGACGUCUUUGUUGAGCUGGAGAUCAAUUUCUUCCUUCUGCGACGACUCUUGGGAGUCCGCACCAAGGGCACGGAGAAGCAGGGCAAGGUGGCGAAGCUGACCAAGGGCGAGGUGCUGAUGCUCAACAUCGGGUCCAUGUCCACUGGUGCACGCGUGGUGGCGGUCAAGAACGAUCUCGCCAAGCUGCACCUCACCUCGCCCGUGUGCACCAAGACUGGCGAGAAGCUCGCUCUGAGCCGGCGCGUGGAGAAGCACUGGCGGCUGAUUGGGUGGGGGCAGAUCCAGGCUGGGGUGAAGCUCGAUGUGCCUCCGCCCGUUGACUUGCCCAAGUAG